UCGCCGCGUGAUGACGUCAGCCGGCUCCCUGCAUUGUUUUGACUCGCAAUAUUUUUCUCUCCAAAAUCUUUUGGAAAAAAACGUGGAAAAACACAUUAAAUACGCAAUUUUGCACCCGAUUGCAGCUCGAGAGCUGAAGACAGGUCAGAGGUCAUGGAGGAGCAGAGCGGGUCACCGGGAGCCAAUACUGACAACAGCAGCCAGCGGAACGGAGAUGAGAAACCUCGCAGGAGCAGCUGGACCAAAGGCAGGAGGAGGAAGAAGCCGCUGAAGGACAGUAACGCCCCCAAAGCCCCGUUAACAGGAUAUGUGCGCUUCAUGAACGAGCGGCGCGAGCAGGUGAGGGCGGAAAGACCCGACGUGCCUUUCCCAGAGAUCACCAGGAUGCUCGGCAAUGAGUGGAGCAAACUGCCUGCUGACGAGAAACAGCGGUAUCUGGAUGAAGCGGACAAAGAUAAGGAGCGCUACAUGAGAGAACUGGAGCAGUAUCAGAAAACCGAAGCGUAUAAACACUUCAGCAGGAAGGUGCAGGAGAAACAAAAAGGAAAGAGGCACAGAGGAGAUGCUGGAAGGCAGGCGCCUGGUGAAUCCCUUCAUGAGAAGGAUCUGGAGAUGAAGGAUCGCUCUGUGUUUGACAUUCCCAUCUUCACUGAAGAGUUUCUGAAUCACAGCAAAGCGCGUGAGGCUGAAAUGCGGCAGCUGAGAAAGACUAAUAUGGAGUAUGAGGAACGUAACGCGGCGCUGCAGAAACAUGUGGAGAGCAUGCGCUCGGCUGUGGAGCGUCUGGAAGGAGAUGUUCUUCAGGAGCGCACCCGAAACAGUCUCCUGCUGCAGCACCUGGAGACCCUGCGCUCGGCCCUCACACACAGCUUCUCCACUGUCCCGCUCCCCGGCAGUGGAGAGACGCCAACGCUGGAAUCCAUCGAUUCCUACAUGAAGAAGCUCCACAGCCUCAUCCUGUCCAGCCCGCAGGAUCACCAGCACCUGAUCAGCACUGUCCGGGACGUGGUCAACCGUCUUGACAGGUAAUUGAGAGGCCCCGCCCCAAUGCAGUUACCCCUCCUCCUAUCCUGUGACGACCAUAAAAUGUUUUUUUUUUGGUCAGGUGGUUGUUUUCCUAUUUAUUUUUUACGAUGCCAUUUUUAUCUGCUUGUUUUUAUUAUUUUUGCCAUACAUUUCUGCCACAAGCGUUAUUUUAACAGCAGCGUGAGUUUAUCUGCAUGUAUACUUGUGCAAUGAUUUUAGGCUCGAUUUUAUACUCGUUUUAUGUUGCGUAAGAAAGUGCGACGUUGUGAAAGGCGGUUCGUUUGUAGCUGAAAUUCCCUGUAUGUUCUUGACAUUGGAAGAAUUGAAUAAAGCAAAUGUAUGAAGAUGUU